AUGAUACGACAGGGCGGUGGUGGUGAAAGAGCUCCAUAUCCAAAAUGGGUCUGGACACCUUAUGGUGGUUGGUGGACACAUCCAAAGCACGCCUUUAGAAACUCCUUGGUACAUUCUGGCAUUAUUUUAGGUCUGUGCGUUUGUAUUUUCAAGUUUUCUGCCGAACAUGAGACUCGUCACAAAUAUCCCAAGGUCUGGAUCCCAUCUAUGCUUUGGGCAAAGGAAUUCCAUGAUCCGGUAUCUGUUGCAUUUUGGAAAGAGCAGCUUGCAAUCGAAGGACGGGAAUGGAUCGAGCCUAUCCCCGAUUGGUGGCCAUUCAAGUCAACCAAAAAUGCUGAAUGA